AAAAUUUUGACCACUCGGAGCUCUUUAUUUUAUUUGCAUUAGGCACCCCAAGAUGACUGAAGAUGUGACUAAAAUGCUUAUUGCAGGAAUCGAUGCGCUUGACUUAAAACAGUCGACCGAGGAGACAUGCGUUGUUAGGAAUAGCGCAAACAAGCCGUUGAGCGGUAGUGUUUCGCAGAGACCAAUUGCGAAGUUUACUCGCCGUAUUAGAAUUCAGCACGUAGAUCAGUCAUGUGGCAGUUCAGUGGAUCAAACACAAUCCUUGGGUGCAAAGGACGAAGAGACUACUGUUGGAGACAUCUCUCGGCUGCGCAAAGAUUCACAUUUCGAGAUUACCAACAACAUAUCGACCACCAGGCCCCCGGUAGUGCACUCGGCGCAAUCAAAACUACAACUUUUAUUGCUCGAAAACGAGAAAUUAAAAAAAGAAGCAGAUGACUCGGAGGCAAAGUGGAACGAAGAGAUAUCAAAAAGACUCGAAGCAGAAAGCGACCUUAAGGAAAAAGAAGACGAACUACUCGCAUGCCGCAAAGAACUAGAAUCCCUAAAACACCAAACCCAACAACUACGAUCCCGCACCACCACCGAGCAAAUAUCCUUAUCCGAAACCAACUUCCCCACCCUCACCGACAUCUCCUUCUCAAAAGCCUACCGCGAAACCGACUACUCCACCCGCGUAACCCUCAAUCUCACCUUAUCCAAAAUCUACACUUUCCCCGCAAAAGAAUGGGACAAAACAGGUCAACCCUACGAAAGCCCCGACGACGGCGCCAUAGCCAUCACACGUCUCUUCGGCAAUCUCUACGCCUCAAAAUGCGGUCCAAACCCUGAUCUCUGCACCGACUUCAUCGACAAAGACAUCUGGACGCGCGAAGCCAUACUAUUUUCUAAGAUGCUGGGCUUACCGCUGGAGCACCGGUGGGCGAUGCAUGCAGAGAUGCAAUUGAUUACCUUUUGGCUGACGCGGUAUCUGGGGUCUGCAGGGUUUGAGAUGCGGGAUUUUGAUAAUCCGGGGGCGUAUAAGGCGUGUCCGGAGGUUGAAGGGGGGGUGAUAAGGAUUUUUAUUAGUCAGAGGGUUUGUGGGUCCUGUUUGGGGGUCGUGGAGAGGGUGAAUUGGGUUGUGGGGAAGUAUGGAGUCGAGUUUGAGGUGGUGGAUAGGAGGGUGGGGUAGAGGUUUGUUGAGUCUCUAAUCUGUGUGAGGAUAUGGAGUAUGAAUUGGUAGGCAAUAAUUGGGUGUAUUGGGAUAGGUUUUCAUUCUUUUGUCCUGAUCCUCCUGCACGUGUUAUCGACUAAAUGCGAUGCGAACACGUGACGCAUGG